CUGUGGCCUGGGGUCGGGGAGGAGCGGGUUCCCGCCUCGUCGCUGGGGAGCGUGGGCGUCGCCGGGGCCGAGGCCCAGGCUAGGCGUGUGCGCGCUGGCCAUGGCCGGACCCGCUCCGUUACCGCUGACCUUUGAAGAUGUGGCCGUUUAUUUCUCUGAGCAAGAGUGGCAGCAUUUAGAAGUAUGGCAGAAGGAACUUUACAAGCAUGUUAUGAGAACCAAUUAUGAGACUCUUGUCUCUCUAGACUGUGGACUUCCGAAACCAGAACUGAUAUCCUGGAUUGAACUUGGAAGAGAGUUCUUUGGCAGCUGGGGAGAAGAACAGAAGCCAGAGAAAGGGAUCCAUCCGCUCCCUGUAGAUGGCAUGCACUCUCGCCUGGUUAUGGAGAGUAGCCAGCAAGCUGUGAAGUCAAGAGAAAUCACGUGCCGUUUCCAGUUAAAUCCUCUUGAGAGUCAGCCUUCCUUUGGGCUUGUUUUAGGAGAAAAAGAAGAUGCUUCCCUUAGGCAUAACCAAGGCAUCAGCCUUGCAAAUGCACGAACCCACAACCUUGGGGCUCUAGUUUCAACAGUGCACUGUUCCAAAGAGGCUGCCCAAAGAGAAGGACUCUUGAGUCACAGAACUCUGGAUCCCCCUGACUUGCAAAGAGUCCCCUCUUGGCAGAGCACCCAACACUCUUGUCCUGUCUGUGGGGAAAACUCUUGGGAGAAGAAUCACUUAGUGAUGCUUCAGAAGGGUCACCCCAAGACCCCACCAUGCAGGGUCUGGAAGGAGUUCAGCAGGCAAACUGAUGCACAGCCGCCAUGCAACUUCUCAUGUCCUGAAUGUGGGAAGAGCUUCUGCCUGAAGCAAUAUUCGGUGAGGCAUCCAGAUGCCCAUACAAGAAAGAGGCCACCUCAGCGCCCCACAAGCAAAGUGUUCUUCCAUCAUGAGCAUACCCUUUUCAGCCAUCAUCUCAAGCUCCCCAAAUGUGACAAGAGCUUCCCAAUGGAUAGCAAUGUCCACCAAUGCCAGCAGAGCCAAGAGAGGCCAGCCUCCUGGAGGGAAGACCCCAUUGUGCCCUCAAGACAGAAGCCAGGUCCCAGCCUGGACUAUGAGGGCUGCUGCCACAAGGAUAGCAAGCUGAAGGUCCUGCAGUGUGGCUGCAGCCUGGGUGAGGCCAAACCCUGCUCAUGUACAGAAUGUGGUGGUUGCUUCCUCUCACGGUCUACCCAGGCUGGCCUCUGCAGGGCACAGAUGGGAGAAAAUUCCUUUCAGUGUUCAGAGAGCAGUGAGUGCCUCUGCCUGAGAGACCUGCAGAAUGUCCACCGGGGUGUGCAUAGUGGGGAAAGACCAUCCUCCUGUAGAAAGUGUAGUCAGGGCUUCAGCAAACAUUGCAAACUCACAGAACAUACCCGGGACCUCAGUGGGGAGAGAUCUUUCUGGUGUGCCCAAGGCGGAAGAAGCUUCAGCCAAAAGGGGCGGUUGCUGAAGCAGCAGCAGCUUCACCCAGAGGAAGAGCCCGUUCAGUGUGAGUUAUGCUUCUGUCUGAAGAGCAGGUCGAGAGCCCACCAACUGCAACCUGGUGGAGAAAGGCCAUUCUCCUGCAGUGAGUGUGGCCAAGCCUUCGCCCAUCAGUGCAAGCUCCGUGAGCAUCUCAGAGUGCACAGCGGAGAGAGGCCCUUUCAGUGUCCCAAGUGCCACAAGAGCUUCCGCCUGAAGGGCAUGCUGAAGGCCCACCAGCGCACCCACAGCAAGGAGAGGCCGUUCUCUUGUGGGGAGUGUGGCAAGGGCUUUACCAGACAGUCUAAGCUCACAGAGCACUUCCGUGUCCACAGUGGAGAGAGGCCCUUCCAGUGUCUAGAGUGUGACAGGAGCUUUCGCCUAAAGGGGCAGCUGCUUAGCCAUCAGCGUCUGCACACAGGAGAGAGACCCUUCCAGUGCCCGGAGUGUGGCAAGAGCUAUCGUGUGAAGGCUGACAUGAAGGCACACCAGCUGCUGCACAGCGGGCGGAUGCCAUUCUCCUGCCAGUGUGGGAAGGGCUUUGCCAAACAGUCUAAACUAGUGGAGCACAUGAGGACACACACAGGAGAGAAGCCUUUUCAGUGUCCCAAGUGUGACAAGAGUUUCCGACUGAAAGCUCAGCUGCUCAGCCACCAGGGCCUGCACACAGGCGAGAGACCUUUCCACUGCCCUGAGUGUGAUAAAAACUUCCGGGAAAAGGGUCACAUGCUCAGGCACCAGCGCAUCCACAGGCCUGAGAGGCCCUUUGCCUGUGAAGACUGUGGGAAAGGUUUCAUUUAUAAAUCCAAACUGGCCGAGCACAUCAGAGUACACACAAAAUCCUGUCAGGUUCCACGUGAGCCUGACAUGAAGAAAAGGCUUAGCCAACUGUUUGCAAUGAUGGAGGCUGACUGGAGUUGAGGAAGGUGGAGCAUCUACGCCAUGAGCACAGCUUCAUUGCCAGGGUGAAGAAUGGUGGCUGAGCUCAUUGCAAAGCAAGUUCUAGGAAGAGGGCUCUACGUUGAUCAAAAAAUGUAAUACAA